AUGGUGUCCAUGGCCCAGGGUAUUUACGUGCGUGUGGCCAAUGCAUCCGUGGCGUGCAUGGUGCGAACGCGGCUGAAGACGCCUUGUCUGAAGCUGCAGACAGAUCUCCAGGCUGGAUAUGAAUCUUGGCAACAGCUGUCUUCGAUGCUCAGGAGCUUGCAGGGGCCGAGCUGCUUCUCCCUCCAGGCUGCCUGGGGUGAGGUUCGAGGCGCAUUCCAGCGGGCUGCCGUCCGUGGAGGGUCCAGCCGCCAUCGCUCCAAGGCGAUGCCGGACAGCUUUGCCAAGCGCUGGCGCCGCAGCCGCGAGGCCGUGGUGUCUGAGAGUGGGCCCGGCUUCGGCCUCGGCUUUUGGGAAUGUGAGGAGAGGGAGCCGAAGCCGAGGCCGAUGCGCCGAACGGAAAUGAAACUCCUAGCCCUGCUUCGGGCCUGGGCCCCCCAAUGA